AUGUCCGAGGAACCAAAAAGGAAACCACCAAACAAUGAAAAGUCAGUGAAAGCGAGUAGUCCUGAUGCGGAAGAAUUGGAAGAGAAAGCUUCCCCGCCAAUUGAUCCAUGGGCAAUGCUCAAGAUUGUUCGCAAUCCAGAUGGUUCAAUUACUCGACAAACCGACCUACUUACGGUGCCACCAACAACGGAAGAAGAAAUGUCAGUUCCGGGGCUAUCCGCUGUUACCAAAGACGUCACACUCAAUGCUGAAAACGGAACUUGGGUUCGAAUUUACCGUCCUACGAAGAUACCAUCCAAUGAUACCAAUGUUGCUAGACUUCCUGUCAUAGUUUACUUUCAUUGUGGUGCAUUCAUUAUGUUUAGCGCGGACAAUGUUUUCGAUAACGAACCUUGUACGCGUUUCUGUAGUGAAACACUUUCCAUCGUGGUCUCUGUGAAUUUCCGUUUGGUGCCGGAAAACAAAUUACCAGCCGCAUAUGAAGAUGGCGUCGAGGCUUUGCUUUGGCUCAAAAACCAAGCCGUGGAUCCAGAUGGCGAACAAUGGUUAAAAGAUUACGCUGAUUUUUCAAGGUGUUACAUUAUGGGUGCGAGCACUGGUGGUACAGUUGCUUACUAUACGGCAUUACGUGCAACUGCGGUGAAUUUAGAACCGGUUAAGUUACACGGACUCAUCUUAAACCAGCCUUUCUUUACCGGAACUAAAAAAACUAAAUCGGAGAGGAAAUCAGCAAAUGACGCGGUGAUACCAGCUCCAGUUAUUGACGUAAUGGUGGAAUUAGCUUUACCAGAUGGAUCUGACCAUGAUCAUGAGUAUCUUAACCCAAUGACUAAAUCAGAAUAUUCUGAUAAUAUUAAGAAAUUACCAAGGACUUUGGUAAGAGGGUUUGAAGGAGACCCAACAUUGGAUCGUCAGAUGGAACUUGUAAGAGUUUUGAUUAGGCAUGGUGUUCCAGUUACUGCUCAUUUUAGCGAGAUUGGUUUUCAUUUGAUUGAUUUUAUUGAUCCUAAGAGACAUUUAGCUAUGUUAAAAUAUCUUAAAGACUUUAUUAUCUAA